GAGAGAGAGAGAGAGAGAGAGACUGCGAACGCUCGUUACGCCGCUGAGUGGAUUAGGGGGCCGAUGAGGAGUCAGUGUUGUUAUAUUUUUUUGAAUGAGCUAUGAGGCCGGGUGGGUGUUUCGAUCAAAUAGUGCCACGAUCGAACAAGACGUAGAGUCGCUUUGGUUAUGCACGCCACACUUUGCCAAGUGCCCGCGGUGUCUUCUCUGUGCCUGUAAAACGGAACGACAUGGCUCUCCUGGUGGUCCCGCUGCUCCUGCAAACAGGGCUCGUUUGGGCAUCGAACUACGGUUACGUGGAGUGGUCUGACAGCGAGCGCGAGGAGAAGCACCCGUCUGUCUUCAGCACCAAAAACACCAACAGAGAGACGCCCCAACACCCGACCUACUCCUCGCUACCGGCCACCGAGCGCGCGGUGGUGGCGCACAAAAUCGAGGAGGACCUCCCGAGGGUGGUGACCGCGUUCCUGCACACCGGGGACUCCUCGGCGCUGAGGCAGGUCAACUGCUCGCGGAGGUACGAGCUGAGCAGCCUGCGAGGCGGACUGCACGUCGCCUCCCACUACUCCCUGCACAGCAUCCUGGACACCGUGGCGCACGCCACAAACCUCCUGAACAUGAUCCUCCAGGCCAACAGGUCCCGGGAGCAGACCUCGCGGCGGGACGUCCACUGGUACCACGCGCUGGUCCAGAGUAUCCUCGAGGGGGACCCCAAAAUCCACAGGGCGGUGGUGACGUUCCACGCGGACGCACCGACACAGGGCCCGAGCGUUUUCCUCCAGGCGACCAGGAUGGAGAAGGAGGUGGUGCUGCAGGACUUGACCGGCUCCGCGCACCCUCACCUGAGGAGCAGGAGCCCGGAGUCGGACUGGUUCAAUGACUUCAGGGACGGCAGGAGACCACACAUGCACAGGAGAGUCCCGGAGUUAUCGGGCACAAAGACUGGGAGUUACCUUCUCGACAAGAACCAGAUCAAGUGGUCCGCCCCGUACCUGGAGUGCGAACACGGGGCGUUUGUGCCCUACUGGCUGCUCACCUUGUCUGCUGGCUUCUAUGGACUGAAGAGCGACUUUGCACCAGAGUUCAGGGGCGUGAUUCGUGUGGACGUGAACCUACAGGAUGUGGACAUCGACCAGUGCUCCAGCAGCGGCUGGUUUGCUGGGACUCACCGCUGUAACCUCACCAGCAUGGAGUGCAUUCCCAUCGGCGGCCAUGGAUUUGUGUUGGACAAGUACAAGUGCCAGUGCAGGAGCGGAUUCUACCAUUCCAGCCGAGUGGUGCUCAAUGGCUUUAGAAGUAAGGAGCAGGUCUCUAACAGGGACGAGACCUCGGACGCGUCCACCAAGUGCAUGCCGUGCCGCGAGGGUUGCUCCUUUUGCCGGGACGACACGCCGUGCCUGGUGCACGAGGACGGUGCCCUGCGGCUCACUCUGGCCUCCUUCCAGGGUCUGUGCAUGGUGCUGGACCUGGCCUGCAUGGUGCUGGUCUACCACUUCAGGAGGAAGAAGAGGAUUCGCACAUCUGGUCUCAUUCUACUGGAAGCCAUUUUGUUCGGGUCUUUACUGCUCUACUUUCCAGUGACGAUCAUGUACUUCCAUCCCAGUGUGUUUCGCUGCAUCCUCCUGAGGUGGGUUCGCCUCCUGGGUUUUGCCGUCAUGUACGGAACUGUCAUCCUCAAGCUCUACAGGGUGUUAAAGGUCUUCCUGUCCCGCACCGCCCAGAGGACGCCGUACAUGACCAGCUGGCGGGUCCUGCGGCUGCUGCUGGUGAUCCUGGUGGUGGUGCUGUGGUUCCUGGUGGCCUGGACCUCCUCGGUGUGCCAGAGCCCCGAGCUGAGUCAGGCCGUGAUCGCCGCGGGCCUCACCCCGGAGGGCCUGCAGUUCAGCAUGUGUCUGCUGGAUCGAUGGGACUACAUGAUGGCUGUCGCGGAGUUCCUGUUCCUGCUGUGGGGGGUCUACCUCUGCUACGCAGUCCGCAGCGUACCAUCGGCCUUCCACGAGCCGCGUUACAUGGCUGUGGCCAUCUACAACGAGCUCCUCAUAUCCGCCAUCUUCCAUAUCAUCAGGUUCACGCUGGUGCCGGGCCUUCACCCCGACUGGAUGCUCAUGUUGUUUUUUGCUCACACUCACCUGACUGUGACCGUGACCCUGGGCCUGCUGCUUGUUCCAAAGUUCUUCUCCAAAGGGACUCAGGCCAGGGACGACAUUGCCACUGAGGCCUAUGAGGAGGAGCUGGACAUGGGAAGGUCUGGCUCUUACCCCAAUAACAGCAUUACCUCGGCCUGGAGUGAGCACAGCUUGGACCCUGAGGAUAUACGGGAUGAGUUGAAGAAGCUGUAUGCCCAGCUGGAAGUCUACAAACACAAGAAGAUGUUAGCCAACAACCCUCACCUCCAAAAGAAGCGCAACUCCAAGAAAGGGCUGGGUCGCACUCUGAUGAAGCGGAUAACAGAGAUCCCGGAGAGCAUGCACAUACACCGCCAGUGCAGCCGCGAGGACGGCAGCGAACACGGCAGCAAUCGCAGCACCUUGAGGAGAAACCCACUAGAGCCGAGUCAUCACGGCAAACCCCGGGACGACUCAUUGAAGAACAAAGUCAUAAGCCUGAAGAAGUCCCUCAGCUACGACCAUGUUUGUGACCAGGAUGAAGAAACCGAGCGCCCAACGGGCUCGACAGCAGGAGACAGUGCGCCUCCUGUCGGAGGUGGCGGGGAAGGGUCUCUUCUGGGCUCUCUGAUUGGCCGGAAAAACACCAAGAAGCAGCUGGAACCAUCCGCCGCCGCGCCGAGGCUGGAACCGGCCGAGUCCACCGAGUCAGUUCCCCUGUUCUGGAAAUCGGCCAGCGCCCACAACCUGACCCACGAGAAAAAGCCCGUCCACCUGCGGACCUCCAUCAUGCAGAAGUCUCUGAGUGUGAUUGCGAGUGCCAAGGAGAAGAUGCCGGGGCUGACCAACAGGACGCAGACCGCGGAGGACGCCAACAAGAAGAGUCCGAAGGGACAGGACGAGAGGACGCUGUCCGAGGUGGAUGAGACCCCUGAGCAUUACCCCAAGAUGAUCAUCAGUCAGUCGGUGGAGUACUCCAAGACGCCCAUGAAGAUGGGAAUCAUGAAGCAACAGGUAAGUGGCAGCCAGCCAUCCAUUUGCUCCGAGACGGGGAGGAACCUCUACGACGUGUCCGAGGUGUGUCCCUGGGACCUGGAGGAGCCUCAGACUCCCACUGAAGCCAAGGCCCAGAAACACGUCUCCAUCGCUCCCGGAGAAACCACCACGGAGCGCAGAGGCAGCAGCAGCAGCUCUGGGAUAAGCAAAGGUAGCCGCUCGCAGCAGAGGCAGAAGGCGGGGCAGUCCCCUUCCACCAGGCGCCGCUCCAAAGACAAGGGAGCGGAGAGGGAGGAGGCCAGGGAAGGGCGCAAAUCUCGACCGCCCAGGUCGCCGCUCCCUCUCAAGCCGGACGUCUGUCCCUGGGACUUCGACGAGCAGCCCGCGCUCGGAGGCGAGUCGGACUCCAUCUCCCCGGACAGGAUCAGGCGCAAGAGGAGCGUCACGCCCACCGAUGGGAAACCCAAGGGGCUUCACUCGGACCACUCCAAGUCCACGGGGAGCCUUUUGCAGCCCCCCUCCCUGAUGGUAGAGAUCUGCCCGUGGGAUUACACCAGCCCGCCUUCGCCCAAGCAGGAGAGGGCCUGCAAAAGCCCCACCACACACAAGAAGAAACGGAAAGGCUCCUGCUCGUCCAACCACAAGGCCGAGAAGGAGAAGGCCAGGGAGAAGAGCAGAGAGAGACGGAGCUCCUCCAGCGGCAAGCCGGCGUCGGAGAAGAGGCGCGUCAGCCAGUCGUCAGAGUGCGGCGGGCCGGCCUUUGAGCGGCGGAGGAGCUCCACCAGGGACCCAGAAGUGAUGGAGGUGAGGAGGCCGGAGGUCGAGCCCUCACACGCCAGCUUCGGUCAGACUAAAAAACCCACAGAGAGGAAAAGGCAGAACUCUCUGAGUAGCAGCUACAAGGCCGCAGCCGUCAGCGGGGCGAAGGUGGCCGACGUUUGCCCCUGGGACUUUGUGGAGCAAGACUCUGGAGAUACGGCAUGAUGACUGGUGUGAUGAUCGGAUUUUUUUUAUAGGCACAGACCGACAGCACCGAGGACAGAGCUACUGAAUGACCGAUGUGUUACGUUGUAUUUGACAAAAAACAUUGCUCUCUGGAUCACCUAGAUGAUGAAAAAAAAGAAGAGAAUAUUCGUUCUGCUGUCCAUCGAUUCGGUCCGGACAUAAAUGAGUAAAUAGCAAACAUAUUGUUGUAACCUUGAGGUGAAUGCAACUUUGAAGCCACUCUUCCUUGCACAUUCAUCAAACUUACAUUUUAUCUAUGUUUUAUUACGUUGAGUACAUCAGGGUAAUUUUCUAAAUUAAAACAUACCUGUAUUUUACUAGCAAGUCGGACGUUUUUAGCAGUGACAGUGAAUGCUAUACAUAUACGCCAAUUGAGCUUACAGUUCUAUGUUCUACGUUACGCAUCAGGCCAGUGGAGAUCUGUUGCAUCAGAUGGUGAUGAUGAAAACAAGCAGGUGGCAGAGAAACACAAGACCUAAAGAAACAUCUGAGCUACCCGAUGCAGGACCAAAGCCCCAGACACAGCUAUAGGCCAGAUAUAUAAUAAAUAGCAUGAUAAUUCUGUUUGAUUAGUGAAACGUGGGAAUAACAUCAGGAUUGUAGUACAGCUGGAUUUUUUUUUAAACGGUGUUUCAGCAAAAUAUGCAGGAGUUUUUUUUCUGAAAAAAAGCAAUUGCAUGUGGCACACUAUCAAGCAUCAAAAUAACAAUGUUAAUAAUGCUCCUCGGUUAACAUAUGCACAAGGUCAUUUUGGAUUGUGCUGCUGCUUGUGGUAUGCGUCUCUUUACGUGACACACGGCCUCUGACAUGAUGUGCAUUGCUCCCUUCGGUUGAUUUUUGUUCAAAGUUUACUCGCCACUCAAGCCCUGGAUGUCCCUUCUCAAAAGAGGCUGUAGUAUUUACCCAACUCUAAAUAAUGUGACGAAGUCUUUCAGUGACGAAAAAAAACAGUCGAGGGAGGAAGCUGUGAAUAAUGCAUUUUUUCCUGUCACUUGGUGGUCCAUUUUACACUCUUCUUUCAAAGCGUUCCACAUAUUCAAUUGCUGAAACCACAACUAUGCAUGGCCAAAGCUUUUUUUUGUCACUUUGUCACGAACAUAAGAAUAGUCAUUUUAACAUUUCAAAAAAAAAAAACACAACACACCCCCUUUCUGUCCUGUAAUAAGCCACCCACCAAAUUAUACCUGAAAUACAGUCACACGCGAUAGUCGGUUAAGCUUCUUUACGGCUACGCGUCCAUGACACUGAAAAUACCAGUAAUGACACACUCAAAUUCACCAGAGAGAAUUAAAAUAAAUGAUUGCAUUUAUUAUGAAAUACUUAGUACGUAAUUAACAGCACAUGAGGUUUUCAGACAUAGAUGUCAGACAUCGUGUGGUUAUCAAGACUUUCCUGUAUGAGAUUACUUCAUUAAGAAGCCAUAAAGUAAAAGGCUCGAUAAAUAAACAUGAAUAAUCACACCUCUCUGACUUUCACACGUUUUUUUUCUUCUAUCGGAUGGUUUGAAAUGCAAUGUUGUAACUUGCCCACUAAAUGUAUUCUAUGCUUGUUAUCCUGUAAAGUGUUUCUCCAAAAUCUUACAAAAUGUUGUAGCGUCCACAUGGGAGUAUUUAUAUGGUACAUUCAUAUUGUGUUGCAUGUACAUUCAGUAAAUACCGCGUUCUCAGUUCUGGAUUAAAUAUUUCUAUAAAAUCCCA